AAUCAUUAAUUUUUAUAUCGAAUGAAUUACAAAAACAUAUUAAUCUGUCACAAUACUAAGUGAAUAUGGCUGGAAAAAACAUAGUCAAUAAAUGUCUGGGAACAAUAAUGGAGUUUUUUUGCUGGUCAAAAUUUACAGCUAUACAAAAGAUUUUAUGUGUUGGAGUCAGUAUAUUUAUGUGUGCCUCUGUCAUCGGUUAUUGGUUCUCAUUCGUCAUUUUUUGUGCCUCGAUAUUUUUAUCGAAUAUUAUAGUAUCUUAUUUUGUGAAAAGAAUCACCCCAAUUCAGUCUGAGUAUUUAUUGUAUUUUGUGCGUUCUGUCAACAGUGUUUGCCAAUUAUUCCAAGUAACCGAAUUCAUCAAAAGUGAUAAAAAAUCGCAUAGUUCUGAUGACCAUUCAAAUGAAUGUAAAAUUGACAGAGAGUUAGAGAUAUUAAUUGAUCUCAUACAGCAUGAUUUUAUCAAAUCUUGGUAUGUGCACUUUAGUGAUGAAGAACAAGUAAUAAACGAAUCUCGUAUUUUAUUUUAUGAAGCUAGUCAAAAUCUGAAAAGGAGAAUUAAGCAUCUAAAGCGUGAAAUAUGUGCCAAACAAAUUAUAGAUCUCUACCGCAAACACAUCACCUCAUAUCAAGUAGCUAAAUGGACAUUCAACAGUUUGAAAGAACCGAAAAUAAGGACAGGGAGUCUGACAUCUCAGGGUAAAAAGGUAUCCCGACCUUCAUCCAUCGAAGAAGCCUAUCAAUUACAAUUUCAUCCAGCACUAACUGACCAACAAAGUGAAGAAAAUUAUCUCCAAAAUGUUAUAAAAUUGCUCAUGUGUAAACUCUUCCCCCAGAAUUUUACUUUUUGCCUCAGUGCUCAAAUACUUAUUAACGAAAUCCUGUUAGCCAAUAUCUUUAAAGUUCUAAUCAACAAAUUUUCUGCUCCAGAUUUCCUUUUUUGGUGUAUUAUCAAAAUUACUAGCAACGAAUUGGACCAAGUUGAAAGUGCUACAAAAUCAGAAAUUUUAGUUGACCAUCAAAAAAAAGAAAUCAACAAAAAGGAAGAAUCAGAAUUUUCAGAAAUUGUCUCAGAUCAAAAUGAUUUAAAAGAAGACAAUCAAACAAAUGACUACAUCAUUCCACUGACCCCUCUAAAGCCUAGUCGAUCUACAAUUCCCAUAGUUACCAUAGAAGGGGCAGACAACUUUGAAGAGACGGUUUGUGAAGCUGCACAUUCUGAUAUUGGGGAUACUCAAGCUUUAAAUCAGAACAUUUACACAGAUUGGAAACCAAAAUCAAUUUUAUACGAUGACGACAAUAUUAGUCAAUGUUCAGAUUUAUCUGCUCGCUCAGAUACUGACACAUUUCAUGACAUUGAAUCUGAUGACAUGUCAUCACAAUAUGACAUCAUAGAAACCGUCAGUGACAACAAUGCUAAAGUUACAACCAAAAAUAAUGUUCUUAGUGAUAAUAAUAAAACUGAAGUACAUAAAGUUGACACUUCUAUCACUGAUACAACUUUGCCUUCAUCAGAUGAAAACAAAGAAAAUUUGACCAAUGACACAACACCAGUAUUAAGUGACAGCUCAUUAAUCUUUCAAGAUGUCAGUAUAACUGAUACAGAAACAGCAACAGAAUUUAGAAGUCAAAAUAGUUAUACACUUUAUAUUGUUCAGUUUGAAGCCAUGUAUUUUUCUGACAAAGGACCAGUUUUACGGUCUGGUACAACCAAACGACGUUUCCGUGAAUUUGUCAAUUUGAACUCCAGACUAGAUAACAAUAGCUAUUAUAAGGAUUUAUUAAAAGUCGUAAAAGGACCAAAGAGGUGGCUGAAUUUACCAUUUAAAAAUAUGGACAAGGAGAGUGUGGAAUCUAGAAAGGCUUUUCUUAAUCAGUUCUUGAAGAGUUUGAUAGAAAUAGAGGCUAUAUGUAAUGGUCCUGAAUUACGUGAGUUUUUAGCGUAUGAAGGAGACAGCCAUAUUGCAUUUGUUAAAAAAUCUUCGGAAAUAUCUGUACCAAGAAUAGAUAAGAUGUUAGUGAGGACAGUAUCUGGAAUGUUCGACAAAAUCAAAUCUUUACCAAGUCUAUCUCAAGAUGUAAUAUCGGGUAUAGUCAGACGGGAAACAUCUGUAGAUCGGAAACUGGAAGAGAAAUCACCAGAAAUAGAUAAAAUAGACCUGGAAUUUGAUCACCAGGAAUCGCCGUAUCCACAUCAUCUGGAUAAAUAUAUAGAUUUCUGUGAUAUUGCUGAUGUUUUUAUGGAAACAGGGAAUGAAACAGGACAAGGAAAGGACAAGGCCAGUGAACUGCAAGAAGACAUCUUGUCUUUAUUGCCACGCUUACAAGGCGAUGGUUCAGAAUCUCCAAGUGAACCCUGGGAAAAAGAUCAUUCUGAAGUGACUAUGUGUCCACCAUUGGCUGAAAGUGUCCUUGAUCUUGCUGUUCAGAUAUUUACAGGUCGUGACCUCUGGUUUAGCCGUCAUCGUGUUUUAACAGUACUUAAAGUGACAAUAGGUCGAGCUUUAGAUAGGUUUAUACAAGAUGAAAUCUGUGAUUUAACGAGCGAGGAUCAGUGGCAGUUAUAUAUUUCUUUAAUUCGAGAAACAAUCUGGCCAGACGGCAAGUUGUCAGACGAUCAACCACCAAUCAAAACAGAGAAUGAAAAAGAGGCAACAAAAGAAAUGGCUAAAAAGUGCUUAACUGAAUUUUUCCCAGGUUGGUUACGGGGCUUUGUUGGACUGGAAGAAAUGGACUAUGGUGUAGAUGAAGUUAUUAAGUCUUUACAACAUGAAAAAUUAAAUAAACACUUUUUGUUUUCGAUGUUGGAUUUUGCAGUAGAGGAAUUAUUUCCAGAAGUCAGUUCACAAGAAUUACAGUCAAUUCUAUUGUCUUCAUGAUGAUAUAGGGACAACAAAUAAGGAAAGAUAGUCCAGAUCAUCAAGAUGUAUGAUACACAAUUACGAAAACUGUGCAGCACAGCAGGGUAGGAGAAACAAUAUUUGAAGUGAGAUAAUGCCAACAAAAAAACAAAGAAUAUAUGUUAAGUUAUGGUAUGAAUUUUUGUAUCACAUGCCUUCUCAUUUUCACUAGCACACUCUGUGUUCAGAGUGGUUUGUUGUAUGCAGAUUUUAUCUGCACUGGAUGUUAAAUAUGCAUGGUUAUAAACUAAACUAAUUCGACAGAAAUAUCUGACAAAAAUUGUGUCAGAUGUUCCUAAUUAAAGAUACAUUAUGCAAGAGCUAAAUCUGUCUAUUGCAGGUCUUUCUUUAGACCUGAAAUGUUAUCUAAAUUAUUAAUUAGACAUUAAUUAAUCUAUCCAGACCAUAAUCAACUCUAGAUGGCAUCGCUAGCCUGCGAUCUUUAGUGGAUUAUGAGCCGAUAUACUGCAUAUCUUUCCUUCACGAUUUAACGAUUAAAUGGAUAAUCGAGACUAUGCUGUUUAUCGUACUGACUUUAGUAAUGAUGAUCAAGACUAGCUGGAAAUUUCAACCGCUUAUUUCUCGGUUCAUAGUGGAUCAAUUUGAAUGAAAUUUUCAGCAAAUUGCCUUUACAUUAUCCAAUUUUUAACUAUUAUAGUGAGAAUUGCCAACUCAUUAUCGAAGCUCCCAUAAUGUAUCUUUAAGAUACUUGUUGUUUCUGAACCAGUCGUUUAAAUUUUGGGGUGCUUUUUAUGAAAAAUUAUAACCAAAUACUUGAUGGUAGUGUAGUAAUGUUAGUAUGAAAAAUACUGUUUUGUCUAUAUAUGGUAUAUAGACUCAGUUAUCAAGUACACAACCCUGAUAGAUAUUAUUGCCAUCAUAUAUUGACUCAUGGCAACUUCAAUUUUGCCUAAUUUUUAGACAUCUUCUAAGCCUAUUCUUGCAUAGAUUAUAAUUAUCCUGCAAUAGCGACUGUAGAUUCUGCCUAAUUUUUAAAGAUUUUCUUAGCCCAUUCUUUCAUGCAUUAUAAUUAUCAUAAAAAACUAAAUCCAGUAAAGAGAAAAAAAUGACUAUUAUUAUAUACUCCAUGGAGAUUGAAGAUGGAAGGAGAACUACAAAAUCUUGUGUUAGUCCGUAGACCAAGAUGACAGAAAAGGUAUGUGCGCGAAUCUGGUCAGAGUAAGUGUCUAUAAUGCUGCAUGUAAUUUGAAAUCUGAUGUUUAUGGUAAUGAUACUUAUGUGCUAGGAAAGCAAGGUAAAUGCCUACAUUUCUUUGAUUUGAGUCAUAAAUAGAAGUGUCCAUUAAUUAAGUUUAUAGCUGAUUUUGUGUCAAUAGUUAUGCCAACUUCUGCUUAAUAUUUUGAACUGAAAAUUUAAUUGUAUAGAUUUUGUGCCAUAAAUAAUAGAAAUAAACAUGACAUGACAGUCAGAUCAUUGGAUCAACCCAAUUCAACACUUUGUGAGAUAAAUUUUAGAGGUUUAGCAUUUUAGCUCUCAUAAACCUUUUUCAACAAAAUAAAAGAUAAUAGUGAAUGUAUUGUCACAAUAUAACCUAUAGUUAUAAAUAACCAAUGAACAUUUUAAAAGUCCCUUAUUAGUAUGAAAAUUCUGGGCCUUAUAUUCAUCACGUGUGAAAUAUUUUAGAUAUAGGCCAGUGAAAUGCAGAAUAUAUUUUAUGUUUAAUUUGAUUUUUUUAAUAUAUCAUUAAAUGUCUGGUAUUUGCUAAAUUUCUAUACGCUACCUCACUUAAAAGUAGAUUUUUUUUAAUAUACCAGGCCAGUUAUUUGUUGGUCAAAUUAAUUAUGUUGCACAUGUUUGUAAAAGUGAAUCUUCCACACCCACCCAGGGUCCUCAUAUUUGUGAGCUAGAUAAUUUUCUUUUUUCAUUUUAUAUAUCCACAAUGAAAUGUUGCUGUAUAUUGUCACCACCUCUGUUCGCCCAUUGAUCUGUCUGAUUACAAUUUUUGUGGAUGUUCUAGUGUUAAAGUUAUCGUCUGUAUGUAUAUUCAUAAUGAUUUUCAACAAUUUUACAAAGUUGAAUCCUGACCGGUUCAUGUGGAAGGUCGUGUCAGGGGUCAUAGGGGCGGCUUUCGACCCUAUGACAUCGGACACUUGAUUAACCAAUCAGCGUUGAUGUUUCUAGUGGGUUAUCCACAUUUCCGUGCACCUCACACCGAAAACUCACCGUAAAAGACAGAACGUUUUAUUGGCUAAUCCCUCACAUUAUCCAGAAUGCGGGUUAUAUAACAACUCUUCCAGAUCCUAGUGUAGUAAAGACAAGUAAAACCAAAUUUUGAACUAUAAAAAAUAAAUGAAAUAGGAUCUGUGUUUUGAUCAGAAUUUUGUUACACCUUAGUAUGUGGCAUGUAUAUUGACCUGCAGGUCAGUUUAUCUUGCAGUGAAUCACAAUGCCUGUCAGUUCAGUCUGACAAAUUUAUGAUUGGAAUGAGAACACUGGACUCACCCCUACAAUCCACUCUUUUUAUUAAUUAAUAGUAUUGAUUAUUAAUUAUUAUCAAGACUUAUUUAUAAUGCGCACCAUGUGUAUUUUAUAAUUUGUGGAUAUUUUGCUUGUAUUCUAUUGUGCUGUAUUAAAACCACACCUAGAAAAGAACAUAUGAAUUAAAUAUAAAUAUCCUUAUUGUUUUUCAUGUAAGCAUUAUAAUUUUGAAUAGAAAAAAAAAACACUUAGGAUGCAUAUAUUGCAGAGACAGAAACAAAGGUUAGGGGGUAAUUUAGGGGUUUUCUUUCACACAUUUGUGUUCCUCAAUGUGGGCGUAUAUUUAUAUCCAAUAAAUCAACCGGCUAGUAUAUUGUCAUCGUCCCCGUCCAUCCGGCGUCCACAAUUGCUUGUGGACGCUCUAAAGGCUAAAGUUAAUGUCUGAUUGACUUUGAAUUUAUACACAGUGUUUAAGGUCAUGAGACGAAGAAGCCUAUUGAUUUUCAGCGAUUUCCGAUAAUUACUGCCAGAGUUAUUACCCUUGAUCACUUCAAAAAAUCUUGUGGACACUCUAGAGGCCAAAGUUAAUAUCUGAUUUACGUUAAAUAUAUACACAGUGUUUAAGGUCAUGAGACGAAGAAGCCUAUUGAUUUUCAGCAAUUUCCGGUAAUUACUGCCAGAGUUAUGGCCUUUGAUCACUUAAAAUAUCUUAUGGACGCGCUAGAGGCUAAAGAUAAUAUCCGAUUGAAUUUAAAUUUAUACACAGUGUUUAAGGUCAUGAGACGAGGAAGCCUAUUGAUUUUUAGCGUUUUCGAAUAAUUACUGCCAGAGUUAUAGCCCUUGAUCACUUCAAUGAAAAAAUUUAUGGACGCUCUAGAGGCUAACGCUAAUAUCCGAUUCACUUUAAAUUUAUACACAGUGGUUGAACUUUGAGGUCAUGAGACGAAGAAUUCUAUUGAUUUUCAACAAUUUCCGAUAAUUACUGCCAAAGUUAUAGCCCUCGAUCACUGUGAAAAAUCUUGUGAGGCUCUAGAGGCUUAAGUUAUCAUCCGAUUGACUUCAGAUUGAUACACUGAGUCUAAGGUCUUGAGACGAACAAGUAUAUUGAUUUUCAAUCUAUUUUGAUAACUUGAACAGCUAAAUCGCUCAUAGUAAAUGUUUCGUAUGCUAAACGUUAGCAUGGGGCAGAACUUUUGAAAAACCAAACAAAUUUUAAAGAUUUUCUGAUAGUUACUUAAUGAGUCAUUAGAUUUUAGUGUAUUAUAAAUGUUUCAUUACCGAAAAAAGUAAAAUAUGUGACAACUCUUGUUGACUGCCGUGACGAUUUAGCUACUGUGGACGUAUAUUUUCGUUGCCUGGCAAUCUAUCUUUAUAUUUUGAUGAGACAAUAAAUAUAUUCAUUUCAUACCAUUUAAAUCUCUAUGUUAUUUAAAACACAAAAGGGUAAAGGCUAUAACAAUAGCUAUGGGUGAUUAAGGAAAUUGCAUGACGACUGUGGGCCUGGUUCCUAGAGAAAUCUUACAUGUAAGUCUUAAGUCAAAUUGGUUUUGUUGAUUUCCUGGAGUUUUAAUAUUAUAAUAUUAUUAUAUAUUCAGCACUAACAUAAUAGAGCUUGGUAAAUCUAUGUGUUGUAUACAUGAUUCAACAUGUUUACCCAUUCCUAAAUGCAAUAUAAGUAACAUCAAGCAAUCCCUAAAGUAGUAAUGAAGAAUCCUCUCCUACUUUCUGUGAGUUAACACUAGCUACUAAAUAUGAAAUCAAACACAGUGGAAUAUGGAUUGAACAUUAUAAUUAAAUGAUUUAAAUCUUGGUCUUGCUCAAAGCCUGUGGACCAGUUGCCAUUCCAAUGUUCUGUGAAAUUAUUUUAAAAUUUAGAGGUACACACACAAAAAAAAAAGAUUAUCAUGAAUAUUCUAGGAACAGGGCCCUGUUUAAUUUAUAUUUAUUAAGAAUUAUUGUAUUUUCUUACAUUUGUUUUUAUUUAAUUAAUUUAUUUUUUUAGCACUAGAUAUAGCCCACUGUCACUUAGAGCCUUUUGAUAUUAUAUAUGUGACUUUGAUUGUACAUUAAGUUUGUUUUGUGAUUAACUUAAAUUAAGUUUGUUUUGUUCAUUAACUUAAAUUAAGUUUGUUUUGUUCAUUAACUUAAAUUAAGUUUGUUUUGUACUUUAUCGGUAACAUAAAUUAAGUUUGUUUUGUACAUUAACUUUUGUUGGCAAUAUUUUGAACCACAAGCACUCGUCACUAUGAAUUAAGACAUACCCAAUAGGCCAGUAGCCUCUAUCACUUGUCUAUCCCUAACAGACAAUAGCAAUAGGUCUACUUUUAACAAACGGUGGUUAUUUUUAUAUUUGGCUUCAUUAAAGACUGGCACAUUGAUCUUGUGAGCCAAUAAGCAGUUAAGACAAAAAUAUUGGCACAUAAAUGGAAGUAUUCAAUUGAGGGAGUUCAAUUUACCCUUGUAUUUGGAAAAUGACCUUUGAUUAUGCCAGAAUAAUGCUUUACACCUUUGCAUUUAUUCUGAGUUCUGACUGACCUUAAAGGUCGUACAUACAAGAACUUUUUCAGUUAAUUUCAUACACACAAGUGCCUGUGGUAAGAACCAUUAAAGCCAUUAAGAACAAAACCAUAUUUUACCCCUUGAGAUUAUUGUCUUAUUUUAGAUAAAGUUAAUAAAUUAUUGGAGGAAUUGUUGUAGUAUAACAUAUAUCACCUGCUGUUUUAGAAUCCAGAACACCAGGGUUGGGAGAGGCAAACAUAUUUCUUUGUAAUCUAUUCUUUGGUAUUUUUAAUCAAAUUAUGGUUGGUUUGUGCAAUUAUAUCAAACAUGUGUUUUUGAAUUUUCUUGCCUAGGGACUUGACUAUAAGUUAUUUAAAUUUGCUACUAAACUAUGUAGCUCUAAUGUUAUAGUACAAUCAAUAUCUAAUAUCAGAGCCAGAAGGUAUGACGAUUGGAAAGUGUAUAUACAGUAUAUGUUUUAAAAAACAUCAAGAGUAGAACUUAUAAUCCUUAAGUGGCAUUUAGCGAUUGAACACAUUAAAAACACAACACAGUUUAUAUGGAAAUACAAUCACUGGUUUAUAAGUAUAGCACAACGUUUCGACAAGUAUUCUCUUAUCGAUAAGACGUUACUUGUCGAAACGUCGUGCUAUACUUAUAAACCAGUGAUUGUAUUUCCAUAUAAACUGUGUUGUGUUUUUAAGAGUAGAACUUAUUUUUAUCUAAAUGUAUGGUAAUUGAGUCAAAUAGGGUAAAUAAAAUUAAAGACUCAAAUGGUUUACUAAGCCCACAAUAAAUAAAUUAAUUAUUCAGAAUCAAUCUGUUUAACAGAGGAUUACGAAAGUCUUCUAAUACCUCUGUAAAAGAUAACUACCUUCAACACGUGGCGUCUCAUCAUGCGGUGUCAAUCAUUGGCUCAAUGGCACGUGCAUUGUUUACAUAAGACGUUACUAGUUCGGGCGGAAUGGAGUCUUUUACUCAUUUUAAUACCCAUUUACACUAAAUAGGAAAUCAUUUUUACCUACAAAUACUUCAAACAUCUUUAUUUAUUUUUCUAAUACAUAAAAAAAAUGUUUAAGAAUUUCAUUUGUCUAAGGAAAAAAGUUAAUAUUUGUGGCUCAUUAAGCGGUGGACACACUAGCCGAAUGAUUCAGCCGAAUCAAUCGGCGUCGAAAUUCGCCUAGUGUGUCCACCCUCAUUCGGCCGAAUUUCUAUUCGCCCGAAUCAAACAGGUUUGAUAUAUUCGGCCGAAUUAUAUUCGCCUGGUGUGUCCGCUUCGCCGAAGCAUUCGGCCGAAUGUAGAAUUCAUUAGCCCAUUCGGCUAGUGUGUCCACCCAUUCGUCCGAAUAAAAUUCGGCGCCGAUUGAUUCGGCUAAUGUGUCCACUGCUUAAGUCGCAUCGAUGUCAUCCUUAUCAGUGAUUGUCACGGCCUAGCGAAUAUUCACUGUUGAUUAGUGUGAUUCAGAAUGUCAACUAAUGUCUCUUUUACCACUACUACAUGUACUAUGAGUGUAUGCACUUUUUCAUGUUGCACAGCAAUGAUGGUGUUUAUUCAGUAGUUGUCUUUCAUGUCUACCACACAAUGGUGGGCUACAUUAAAAUUAAUGUUUUGCUUAAAAAUAUAUGGUCAUUGGAACUGCAUGUUUUUCAUUGUCCUAGUUGAAUCUUUAAAAGGAAUAUCAGUCUAAAAUAGUUUCAUUAUGUUCCGUAUUUACAAAGAUAUGAUGAAUUAAAAACAUCUUCUGCUGACGAUAUAAAAGGGAUGUGGUCAAAACAAGCAAGUGCCACCUAUAAUCUCGGCUAAAAUCUUUUGAUGUGCCUCAUAAUCUAAUUGAAUUCAAGCCUGCAGAUAAUCUAUUGUUGAUAUUUUGAUUUUGUUUCCGUAAUUAUAUAUUAAUAAGCAAUUUGAGUACAUUACCGUGUGGUAUAAACAUUGAGAUAUUGUCUAACAUAUUCAAAUGUCUAUCAGCAACUUUAGAAAAUAAAGUAAAUUCAAAACCAAUACAGGGACCAUAACACUCUGAAUUGUGUUUAUAAAACCUUCUGGCUCUGAUAGUAUAUAAGUUAUAUAAAUCAUUGUUAAAGAUAUGAUAAUUAUUAUAUUUAAAUGUUGUAAUGAUAUAAAGUCAUAUUUAUUU